CGGGCGCCGCCAUCUUGGUCAGUGAGCUUGUAAGCAGCCGUCCGAGGAGGUGUCCGUUUUUCGGUGAUACGUAUCUAGUGCGAAUUCUCGAAUCCUUUCAGCGACCCCGUGAAAUCCGCUAGCAUCCAGGAUGUCGGAGCGGGAGGACAAUGUCUACAAGGCAAAACUGGCCGAGCAGGCAGAACGCUAUGACGAGAUGGUCGAGGCGAUGAAAAAGGUAGCAUCCCUCAAUGUGGAGCUUACCGUCGAAGAGAGGAACUUGUUGUCUGUCGCGUACAAAAAUGUGAUUGGUGCGAGAAGAGCCUCAUGGCGGAUAAUCUCUAGUAUCGAGCAAAAAGAAGAGAACAAAGGGGCUGAGGAAAAACUGGAGAUGAUUCGCCAAUAUCGUUCGCAAGUUGAAAAAGAACUCAGAGACAUUUGUGCCGACAUACUCGGUGUCUUGGACAAACAUCUUAUCCCCUGCGCGUCAACCGGCGAGUCUAAAGUCUUCUACUACAAAAUGAAGGGUGAUUACCACCGUUACCUUGCAGAAUUUGCAAUUGGUAAUGACAGGAAGGAGGCGGCCGAGAACUCACUGGUUGCAUACAAGGCGGCGAGCGACAUCGCAAUGACAGAAUUACCACCUACUCAUCCUAUUCGCCUUGGACUGGCUCUUAACUUUUCCGUGUUUUACUAUGAGAUUUUGAACAGUCCCGAUAGAGCGUGUCGCCUUGCAAAGGCUGCCUUUGACGAUGCUAUUGCUGAACUGGACACCCUUUCAGAAGAGAGCUACAAGGACUCAACUCUCAUUAUGCAACUCCUCAGGGACAACCUCACCUUAUGGACCUCGGAUAUGCAGGCGGACGAAUCUGAAGUAGAGCAGCCAACUGUUCAAGGAGAUGGUGCUAUACCCAUUACAAGUGAUUCCCAUCCUUAAGAACACUGUCCAACUCCCCCUCCUUAUAUCAUCAUCAGGCGAAGGCGACCAGAAAGAGCAGCUGCAUGAUGUGGAAGACCAGGACGUGUCGUAACUUAAGUUGCAGUGAGUGUCAUUCGCGCAUACAAAUGAAAGAAAGAAAAAAACUGUUAAUAAUUCUUAAGCAAAAAAAAAAAACAAAAAAAAAACAAAAAAAAACAAAAAAAACAUACAGCGGGUGGGAGUUCAGGGUGGGGAGGGAAGCUCUUUAGCUAUCAUGUGGUCGUACGUGUGGUAAAACACACAUGCGUUCACUCCAAAAUCAUCCAAUCACAUGUUGUUGAGUUAUGGAGCACGCAGAAAAAGUAUAAGAGACGCAUCCUGCGUAUUAGUGAGAUUACAAGCAUUUAACAAAGUGAAAAUCCGCUGCCUGUUGCAAUAUUAGUUCCUGGCUGAGUGUAGCUUACACUGUUGUCCUGGGGACCAAUUUGCUGUAUGUAGUUUUCUACAUUGCGUACGCUUGGAUCCAAAUUCUUGAAUGCCAAUGCGCCGAGACCCUAAUUGAUAAUCAAUAAUUAUGUAAUCUUUUAAAAAAAUGUAGUUGAACUAUCAUUAACGUGGAUCAUGAGAAGAGGUUAGAAAAAAACAUAAACAUUAACAUUUACUCCGUGUAAGAAAAAAAAUUGUUAUUACCAUUUUUUUUUUUUACAAACAUUCUUAUGCUAUUGAUACGUGCUGAGACAUUAAAAAUACGAACACUUUGCUACUAAUGCAAAAUUUUUCAUUUUUCCUUCUUUUUUUUUAUAAUCAUAACAUUACAUGUAUCUAUGUGGCGCAUUGAAAUAAAUUAUUUUAUCCAUCAUCACCUAUAUUCAUGUACAUCAACGUAAAUUAAUAAUCAAACUUAUCAAUUUGUGAAUCUUCAAAAUCAAUUCGUAAAUUGAGAAACUAAUAGCUCUCUUUUUAUUCGCAUCCCUUUUUUUUGUUCUUUCUCUUCGUCUUAUCCACGUAGCUUAAUACUUUUUCUGGAGAUUUUACGUAAAUAUCAGGUAUUUCUGUGAAGAAGCUGAUGUCUGGUAAUCCUGCAUGAAACAUCUGAUGGUAAACUUUUCAUUGUAUUGCAUUCGUUGAUCAUAAAAUGUCAUGGAGAGUACCACAAUAUCUCUUGUUCCUCAUAUACUUUUACUUACGUAAAAUCUGUAAGAGUUUGAAUUGAGCGUACGCUUGCAAGACGGACACCGGGCAUGCUUAAAAGAAACAAUAAAAUAAAAUUGAAAGAGAAACAAUUUGUGGAAAUUGGUGUGUGGCGUGCCCCUACAUUUAAGUAUUAUAGCAGUAAUAUUAAUUCUUAAUUAUAUUAUAAAUAUAUUACAAAGAAUAACAUUAAAUAAUAUUGAUAAUACCAUAAGUAAGUAUAUUAAUAAUAAUUUUAAUUGUACAAGGAGCCGAUUGAAGUAAUUAAGAUUAACUUUUGCAAUAGUGAAACGUUAUAUACUGUAAAAUUAUGGAAAUACCACGGGGUAUUUAAUUAUUGAAUCUAAAAACAAGACAUUUAAAAAAAUAACGUGAAAAUAAGACAAAUGCCAAUGCUGACAAUGUAGGCAACACACACACGCAAUUCGAUAAACACUUAGAACCAGUAAAUCAUAUUUUGGAAUUCGCAUGCGUUCACUCUGUAUUAGGAAAUUAAUACAAUACACCAAUUACGACUUUUCCUGUAAAGCCACACAUGAAAACUGAAAAUAAAGUCAUUAUUACUGUCUA